UUCUCUCUCUCAGUUUGGAUUAGGUACUUGGAUCAAUCUCAACUCACUGCACACAAAGCAAACACAGUUGAACCCUGUUUCUGGUUUUUGGGUAUCUUUUUGUGAUUAGUUGGGUUAAGUUUUUAUUGGAAGCUGUAAAAAAAUGGAGGCUGUGAAAGUUGAGAGGAAGGAGGAGGAAGAAGAAGAGGGUGGUACUAGCUCAACAGAGGUGGUGAGGUGGGGGAGCUAUCUACCCACAACUGUGCUAAGGAUUCUUUUGGUUGAAGCUGAUGACUCAACUCGUCAGAUUAUCACUGCCCUUCUUCGGAAAUGUAAUUACAGAGUUGUUUCGGUUUCUGAUGGAUUGAGGGCGUGGGAGACGAUAAAGGUGAAGCAUAGUAAGAUAGAUCUUAUUCUGACUGAGGCAGAGUUGCCGUCUAUAUCUGGAUUUGCGCUUCUCAGUUUGGUUAUGGAGCAUGAUAUUUGCAAGCACAUACCUGUUAUAAUGAUGUCGUCUCAAGACUCGGUGAACAUGGUUUUGAAAUGCAUGCAGAAGGGGGCAGCCGACUAUCUGAUUAAGCCGGUCAGGAAGAAUGAGCUGAGAAACCUGUGGCAGCAUGUGUGGAGAAGGCACACUCAACUUAGUGGACAAGCUCCUGAGAACUUAACAGUUUCACAACAAAAAGUUGAAGCCACCGCAGAAAAUAAUGCAGCUAGUAAUCAUUCAAAUGACUAUGCAGCUUGUAUGCGCAAAACUAAGGGAUUGAGUGAGAAAGCAAGUUAUGCUCAAAACUCUUGUACAACUCCUUACUUGGAAGUUGAAAGUGCAUGCAUUCAAAAUAUGCAGGAUAUUUCACAGCUUAAGUAUGGCAGUGCUUCUAAUUUGAGCAAUAUAGAUAUUGAAUUGCUUCAAGAAUGUGAUAGAUUGGACAACGAAUCUGUUGUGCAUGAGGGUGAAACUAAAGAGAAUUCAGGUACGUUUGGGUCAGAUAUUGUACCUUUCGAUGAAGCACUUAACUCAGUUGCCUCAAGACUGAGAGAGGAACAUAUUUCUGUUAAUACAAUGGUUCAAGAUGAAAGUCUCCAAGCAGAAAUCUGUGAAGAAAAAGCUAAACCUGCUAGUGGAACUUCCAGCUGCCAUUAUGAACUAGUUCAACCCUCUGGUGGGGUCAGGGACUUGCUUUGCACCUUUGACAAUUGGCCAAACUCCAAUGUUAAAAGUUCUAACAGCAAAGAUGAUGGUAUGAAGCACUUUGGAUUGGAACUGUCUUUAAGAAGUUCGGAUAGUUCACAGAAGGAAGUGAAUGAGGAGAGGCCUUCACUGAACCAUUCUGAUGCCUCUGCAUUUUCACGGUAUAAUAAUAGCAAGGGACUGCAACCCCUUUUCUCAACACUUCCAAGUACAAAUUCAGAGAAUGCAAGCAAUUCACACGAUAGACAGGUCAAUAUGGUAAACUAUGUUGAUGAUCAUACUGAGCAAGCUGAUUCAUCCAUUCAAGGCCCUCACCUCGGGGUGCUUCCUGUCACUGGUGAUAAUAUGUGUGAUGGAUACAAUCAUUAUUUCCCAUCCUUGUUUCUUGGACAAUCCGGUUUGACCCCUAUGCUUAGUACCAAAUCAGUUAGUCAGAGCACACAAUCCCCUUUUCACUCAGAACAAGGUUAUGACCAGUCUGAUAAAAUUACUGAAAAAUCUAUUGACCAAACCCUGCUAGAGCAGAACAAACCGGAGAAUGUGGAGCAUUUGAAUCCUGGCUCUCCUGCUGCUUCUCAGAGUGGUUGUAGUAGUUUAGGCAAUGGCACCGUUGAUAAUCAUAUUAGUGGGAGCACAUAUGGAAGCAUUUGCAGUAGCAAUGAUGGAAAUGCCAGUAUGGCCGUAGCAGGUGAGAUGGCCACAGCUUCGGAGAGUUUGAACGACAGUGGUUGUUAUGUGCGUGAGGGAUUUGGAGCGGAUUCUCUUCGUGCCAGCCAAAGGGAAGCAGCUCUGAUCAAGUUUAGACUGAAGCGGAAAGAUAGAUGCUUUGAGAAGAAGGUCCGAUACCAAAGCCGGAAAAUACUGGCAGAGAAGCGGCCGAGAGUGAAAGGUCAAUUCGUGCAUAGAGCUCACAUUGAUUCUGCAGCUGUCAAUGUUGUUGGUUCAUGAUACCAAGUUCACACAUCUUCCAGUGAAUGUCUUCAUCUUAGGUCGUGUGAUGAAGGAUUCUUUUUAUCUAAAGCUUUUGUGUAGAGAAUGACAGUCACAGCGAGUGCUGAAGACAGUUGUGUCUUCGGCAUUGCUAUUGAUUUUGAGUGCUGAAGACACUAUUUUGCCUAUAGGUGUUGUAAUUAUGUAGGUAGUGCUAGCUGAGAAAAGUUUCAGUGUCACCUCUACUACACAAUGUGAGUUUAUUCAUUUAGAUGGGUGAUUCUGUGAUUGUAGUCAGAAAAGUUGGAUGGUAUAAUGAUUUGCUUGAAUGGUUUAUC